AUGAGAAAUUCCACGCUAUUAAAAUGGGCACAAACAACAAACAACAAAAAUCAGUCGAGUAAAAAUGGAGGAACCAAUAGAAAUUGGAUCCAUCCGCCUGAUGCACUUCAGAAAGGUCAUAUAGCAUACCUAGUCAAGUAUUUAGGAAGUACUGAAGUAGAUCAACCUAAAGGAAUAGAAGUAGUGAAAGAAGCAAUAUGUAAGCUAAAAUUUAAUCAACAAUUACGGAAAAGUGAGGGCACUAAAACACCAAAAGUUGAGUUAACAAUUAGUAUUGACGGUGUUGCGAUCCAAGAACCAAAAACAAAAACAACACCAAAGCAUAUUUUGCAUCAAUAUCCACUUCACAGAAUAUCUUACUGCGCAGAUGAUAAAGGCGAGAAAAAAUUUUUUAGUUUUAUUGCGAAAGAAGAAGACGCCGAGCGGCAUACAUGUUUUGUCUUCGUAAGUGACAAAUUAGCUGAAGAGAUAACGUUGACAAUUGGUCAAGCGUUUGGAUUAGCUUACAGAAGAUUUCUCGAAACAUCCGGGAAAGAUCUUGAGACACAAAGACGAUGCAUGGUGCUUCAACAAAAAAUACGACGAUUAGAACAUGAAAAUAAUACAUAUCGACAAAGAUUGCAAGAUAUAUGUGCAAUAAAAGGCUCGGCGGAUGUUCAAUCUUAUUUGGCACAUCACAAUCUCCCGGAUAUUCUGCAUGUACUAUCAAACUCAGAUGCAGCCCCUGAAGGACCGCGACUGAAUGGCACUAGUCACGUGAAAGCUAAAAACGAUGCAAAUGGUAAUGGCUCUCGUUCACCACCACCAGUACCACCGAGAAACUUUGAUAAGGCUUUUGAUGAUGAUUUUAUAACUAACAAUGAAUCAUCUCCUUCGAUUCAAUCUCCGGCUGUUGGGACUAAACUUGAAGGUUUAUUGAUGGAUGAAUUUGAAGAAGAUUUUAAUCCACGAGCUUAUGAAACAACUGCUAAUGGUUUUGGAAAUCAUCAAAAUAACAAUUUGUCAAAUGGGCAAUCUGCUAGUCUUUUUGUAUCAUCUAAUGGAAACGGCACAACUCCACCACUUCUUGCUCCUCCACCAAAAGUAAAAGAUUCAAGGCGCCAAAACGGCAUUAAAGAAGAUUUAUUUGGAAGUGUUCCAUUUAACCCGCCACUGCCGCUUUCCAGCACUUCUAACGAUUUUAAUAAUGAUCCAUUUGAAAUGGGAGAGUUUGCAGCGUUCUCAGUUUCUAAUCCGAGUCAACAAGAACUAGAAAAUGCUAUUGGGUUAUUAGACAAAAGAUUGCUAGAGAUGAAGGAUGGAUUUAGUCGAGGAUUAUCAAUGGGAACUGAUGAUUUUUCAUUGGAAAGUUUAGAUCCACUCCGAAACUAA